AUGGAAUACGAGAUGAUCAAAUGUGAGGACGCUUCGAAAGGCCAAUCUGACAAGUGGUUCCAUAUUCGACCUAGGCAAUGCAACAUCAUCGGAGACUUGUCGGCAUUUACUCCAACAUCAUUCGAUCUACGAGAAAUUGUCUUCGUUGCACAAAUGCCUCAUGUGAGAGACCGCGUACAGCUGGAAUACUCACCAUGGUUUCAGUUCUUACUGGGUCUUCUACAAGUGGAGGUGGAGUACAGUGACAUCUUCAAGUACGGUAUGAUACAUUCUUUAACCUUGAUUUACUUUUAUCUGCAAAAUCAUGCUUGCUGUUUACAAUAUUGA